UUCUAUUUUUUUUUUUUUUUUGAUUUAGAAUUACUUUACAACGCUUCAAAUUUGUUCACGUCUGAGACAACAGCUUUUCAGAAAUCGGUUGACGCAGUAAACAAGUGGGACCCAUUCGCUAUUCGGAAAAUAAACGACCAGCUCCUUCAGUUAGAGAGAGCAUUCAUUGACCCCCAAGGUUUACCAGGGCGCCCAUUGGCCAGACACGUCCUUUUUGCGGAGAGCAGUGUAAAUACAUACGCUGGUAGCAGUUUUCCGGGACUGGCGGACGGAAUGUUUGAGAUAGAGGGCAGUCCAGAUGAACAAAAAGAGAUGGGAAACAGUGAAGAAACAUUUUACCGUCAUUCUCUAUACAAUAGAGUCAGCGGCAUCUACUCUUCGUGAAACGUCUAGAUUUAUGCCAAUGUACACGUAGCAAGGGACAAUCUUUAAAAUAUUUUAAAUUCUAUUUCGUUAAAAAAUAAUCUUAAAUUUCAUUAUUAUCAUUUUCUUGUAAAUAUUCACAUCAUAAUCAAUUUGUGCACCAUCAUAUGUGUUUUCACUUUU